CAGGUCAAGUGUUUUUUUUUUUCUCAGCAGCAACAGUUACCCUUGUGUACUGAUCCUGUAGGAAAUGUCCAGCCUACCGAGCCUUACAUAAGAGAUUUAAUGGCAUCGCUUCACAGUAAAGACAAGGGGGGGAGUAAGGUUCAGUUACAGCACUUAAAGUGGAACUGCCAUCAGGGCGGACUGACCAUUUGGAAACUUGGGCACUGCCCGAGGGCCCGGGGUUAGUAGGGGACCCCAUGAAAUGCCCCUGGUACUUUUUUCAUAGGCUUUUUUUAGUUUGGGCAAGGAUACAGGGGCCCCAUGAUCCCCUAUUGCCCAGGGGCCCCAUGA